AGUUUAUUUUAAGGAGCUGUAAAGAUGGCGUUUUAACUGGUUUACAGCUGCGCGUUUCUGCAGUUUAUUCACUUUUUCAAAUUCAGUUUUAUUACAAGUCCUCCAUAUAAUACAACAAUAAUCGAAACAAAGUUAAAUAUAGGCAUUAUAAAACAUUUCUUUCAUUUAAGCGGAUAAAAAGUACGAUGAGCAAUUUGUUUUUGUAAUUUAUUACAAAAACAAAUUGCUCUCUUAAAGCGUAUAUCGAUAAAAGAUGUUUAAUUUUUAAUACUGAAUCAAUUCGUAGGAUUCAUUAAUGUAUUAGAUCGCAAGGAUAAAUUAACGGAUAAAUCAACCAUAUGAUACGUCACAAAUAAACCAAUAUAAAUAAUAUCCAAUCAAAUUGUCGUUUACAAAACGAAAAUCGUAAGAAUGACGUCGUUACGACGCAUAUUCACCGUAUCUAACGUCGUUGUCAGAUAGAUACGAACUACAGAACGGUUAAAGAUGGCAAGUCUUUCUGAGCAGACAAACACCUUCACAUUUUUAAAUUAUGCACCCGGAAAUGGAUAUUUUUGGACGAAACAAUCAUUUUAUAGUGCAGAAGCUACAUACGGAAGACAGAAAUUUAAUAUAAACAAAGCUUCCCCUGUCUACAUAUCACCAUUUUUCUAUCCGAAUUCUACAUUCACACAUCCAAAUUCUACUUAUUAUCAUCCCAAUUCAACAUAUUACAAUACAAAUUCUGCAUACAACAAUACAAAUUCUGAAUAUAACAAUACAAAUUCUGCAUACACACAUCCGACAAAUGAAAACACAACAAGUGCAAAAGAAAGAUCACCAACACCAAUAAUUCAAGAAGAAACACCAGAAGAAAAAGAAAACAGGGAAUACAUAGAAUAUAUGAAGAAGAACCCAUAUGUGGAGGAGGAAUAUGUGCCAGAUCGUUUAGCUUUUUUUAUGCGCUUGAGAGAUGAAAUUGGAGACGAUAUAAUUGACCCUGAUCAAUCAUUUGUUAUUUCUGCUUUUGAUUAUCAUUGAUUCAUAUUUUAAUUGUUUGUUUCUUUUUCUAAUCAUUUCAAAUUA